AAAGCUGAAUGGUUACACGUUGGCCAUUGGGUCCAAUUUGGGAUUAGCAGAAGAAGGAAUGGGAGUGGAGAGGGAGAAGGAGAUGGAGAAAUUAGAAAGAAUUCAAAGACGAAUCCUGGAAAGAAUAGCAAAGCUUGAGCUCCAACUUUCGUCUUCUUCAUCCGAUGACGCCGCCAAUGACGCCACUGCAGUGCGUCUUUCCGGCAUAUUGCGGUCCAAUGGUGUCAACGAUUUCAAAUUCAAGGUUGUCCCUUCCGAUUACUACGAGCGCUCUCUUGAAGCUAGACGAGAUCUCUUAUCUGCGCCAUCCAUUCAUCAUCUUUGUAAAAGCAUUGUUUUGGUGAAUACUCAAGCCCGGUCUGACGUUAUUGAUUGUAGCAACCGGUAUAAUUCUAAGUACUAUGUGGUGGUUGUACAGUACACUGCAAGAUUCAAUGCUGAAACUGUCAAAAACUACCUGUACACUCUCAACCAGGGCAAAGUUCCUAAAAAGAAAUUCAAUUUGAGGCUUGCUCCAGAGGAAAUAUCAAACAACUUAACUGGAUUUGAACAUAAUGCUGUUACAUGCAUUGGCAUGAAGACUGACAUACCGGUUAUAUUGGAUGAAGCAAUUGUGAAGCUUUCGCCUGACUUCUUCUGGUUGGGAGGAGGGGAGAUCUACUUAAAGAUGGGGAUCCGUACAUCCGAAUUCAUUCAAUUUGUGAAGCCAUUUAUUUUCAGCUGCAGCGCUGCUUGAUUGUUCAAGAUCAAUCGAAAAAUCAUUGAUUCAGUGCUACUAUUAUUUUACCAGAGCAAUUUCCAUCUCAUUAUUUGAUUUUAAAAUUGUAUACCAUUCAACAAGCUAUAUGCACUGCAUGAGAAAGUACAGGUUCCUUGGAUUAUUAUCGAUUGAGUCAUGAGUCAUGGAUCAGGACAAUUUUGUUGAGAGGGCUCCAGUUGAAUGGACCAAGAUGUCUCCCGACUAACUUUGUAAGCGGAUCAAUGACCCAUUAUGUCUCCUAUAGCUUACAUGAUUUUUAAUAGUCAAAGAUGGCCGGUUACAGGAUUUGUCCCAAACGUUUUUCUUCUUGCCGUACUCGGUAAGUCGGUUCUCAUAUGGGUUACUGGGUUAGGGUCGCCAUCUCUUUUGAACUUGUAUGAUUCAUAUAGAUUAAUGUUUUCAAUAUUUGCUACUCUGUACAAAGCUAGCCCUGCAUACUUGACUUUUUUAAUGGCUUGAGACUUUGCCACAUUUGUCAUCAUGAGUUACAGAAACUGAGGUCAGAUAAAAUGUACACCACUCCUUCAUUCAUAUCUUAGUUUCCUUAGUGUU